AUGUCCCCAAGUACAUCAUCACCUGGAAAUAAUAAUAAUAAUAAUAACAGCUAUAGUAGUAAUACCUCUCUUCCUUACGCCUAUAAAGAUACCAACAACAACAAAAACAACAACAACAACGACAACAAUAGCAACAAUAAUAACGAUAGCAACAACAAUAGCAAUAGCAGCAAUAUUGGAACUUCACCUAUUAACAAUGCUCCUCCACCAUUUACACCUACUUCUCUUGGUACCUAUGACGGAAGCCCAACAAGGUCUCCUACUGCAACAAAAAUCACAGUCGAUAAUGAUAUACCUUGUCCUUGUCACCAUAUUUUGAUAUCUGAAGAUUCUCGCCAUUGUGGAUUAUGUGAUCGCGUGAUACCUGUGGUGGAUGCUCUCUUCAAAGAACGUGAUACCCAUGAACGUGAAAUAAAAUUAUUACAACAACGUCUUGCCGAAGAACAAAUCCGUAUUCAAGAACAAACAAAUGAUAUCUCUCAAUUACAAUCUGCUGUACGUCAAGCCGAGAAACAAUUAAACAUCAAGACAGAAGCCUUUCUAGCCUUACAAAACGAUAUGGAAAUGCUGAACGAUAAAUAUGUAGACGAAAUCGAACGUGUGGCAGAAAUUCAACAUUCCAAGGAUAUGGUGGAAAGUGAACUGGAAGAUUUAUCAAGACGUUUAUUUGAAGAAGCUAAUGGAAUGGUUGCCAAUGAAAAACGAGAAAAAUACAAUCUAGAAGUAGCUCAAAAACAUUUGGAAAAUCAACUCAAGGAAACAAGGGAUCGAUUGGCCGCUGAACAAAUGCAACUUCAAGAAUUACGAUUGAAAAUGGAAGCAAUGCAGGAUUUUGAAAAUGAACAACACAAUAUCAACUCUAGCAAUUCUAAUACCAAUGGGAAUCAUUUGAAUAGUGGCAGCAAUCGUAAUUCUGAUAUAUCUAUUACCAAUGAAGGAGUUGAUAUACGUGGUAUGAAGGAUUUGGCUGGUCUGUUUCCCGAACAUGUAUUGGAUCAUCAACAACAAGAAAUCGACAAAGAUCCUUGGCCUGGAUUGGAUACAAUGCUCCUGGAUGAAUUUGCUGAAUUUGUCAAGCUACGAACGUCUGUAUCUUUGAAAAAAUUACACAACAUACCUUUCAUGAAACAUUGUCAACUAGAAGAUGUGGAACCUUGUCUUCGUUUUGGUAUUCAUUCUCGUCUAUCUGCUCGCAAGGUCAAUGAUGCCAUCGUGAUGAAUACUUGUUUUAUUGAAGAAGCACCUAUUGGAUUUGCCGAAGAACAAGCCAAACGACCUGUGGAUAUACCUCUCAAGAUCUCUGCUGGAAAAUCUAUGAUUUGGGAAAGAUUCAGUUCAAGUAGUCAAGCCGGUAUCUUUUCUGGAUGUCAAGCCUGUGGACGAAACAACGAUGCUUCUUCUCUUCCUUAUCGAUUUCGAAUUUCAUACUUUGAUGAUUGGGCUUGUAUUGAUCGUUAUUGUCGUGAUCGACUGGUGGCCGUUUGUGAAUUUUAUGUGUUUAUCCGAAAUGUUCGACAGGGUUACUAUAGAACUAGAACUAUUACUGAUCUGUAUCAAGAAGCAAUGCGAUUACGAUUACAAAUGUUUUAUGCCAGAAUGGGAGCUUUACCUUGGACCAUCCGAAAUCUUGGUAUCAAAGAUGAUAAAAUUGGAUCAGCAACUUCACCAAAAUUUGAUAUUCCCGAACCACCUGUUAGUGAAUCCUCUCCAUUACCACGAAGGGCAUCCUUGGUACAUGAUAACAACAAACGAAGUGGUAGCAUGGACGGCAAGAUCAUGACGACAAAAACCGAUCCUGAUGAUGACAUCAAAUUAGAUAUGUCAGUGGUUUCUCUUUCGACAAACAAUAAUGAGAAGAAUGAUGACAAGGUCAAUAACGAAUCAAGCAAGACUGACAAGGAACAUGCAGAAAACAACGAUGUAGAUGAUAACAAGGAACUUGAAAAGGAAGACAUCAAGGAAAGCAACAAGGAAAGCAACAAGGAAAGCAACAAAGAGGACAUCAAGGAAAACAACAAGGAAAACAACAAGGAACAAGACAUAGUAGAGGAUAUAGAAGACGACAAGGAUAACAACAAGGAUGUGUUUUUAGAUGCAACUGAUGAUCAAAUUGAAGAAUGA